UGAGUGUCGCAACGCUAAAAUCGUUGCUUAUUAUCAAUUUGAUACGCUGACGGUUGCUUGAGCUGAAUGUUUACGCAAUUGUUGUUGUUACAGUCCUCUAUUAGCCGUGAUGCGUGACAUAAUGUACAUGUUGUGCAAAGACGUGUUAGGUUGCUUCUGUACUGGCAGUCUAUUAUAAUUAGCUGUUUUCAUUCAAGGUCGAUGUAUAUAUAUCCAGUGUACCAAAAUGCAGUUGAAGACGUCUUAUUUUGCCAUAAGUCUUAAGCCUGGGCGAUGACAACAUUUAAAUAAAUGUUUUUUAAGUCGAUUAUACCACCUUUUAAUGGUUAUUUGUAAGCCGAGUUUUCCAGAAACCGUUCAUUGUCCAUAAGUAAAUGUAAACUGCGGUUAAUAAGUUGUUUGUUUAACCUAAUGAGUUAUUAAACAUAAAAUUUUAAGUAUUUUGACUGAAGUUUGGUGCAAGAAAGGCCUUGCGAGGCUCGUCCUUGUCAGUUUCUUUUGUGCACAUCACCCUGCUGAAGUCUCAUUUUACCCUCAGACCAACCUUGGAAUGUGCAUCUUUUGAAUGUGCUCUCUGUCCUUUGGACUGGAAUUGAUUUGGAAGCAGAUUUCUUAAGGGUGUGUUUGAAGAGGAGGAACGAUGACAGCAAACAAAACCUGUCACCGCGUCCAAUACGAGCACAGACCGGCUUGUAAAACAGGUUCUAUGCUCCAGCUAAGGACUUCUGAGGAAGAAGAACGCAGUUGUGAAAUCUCCCAGCUCAGACAGGUAGUCUUACAAAACAAUGACAGACUCCUGGAUGAGAUGCUCUGCCAAGAAAUCUACAAGAAGGUCAUCAACUGCAGAGGCGGCUGGGGCAUCGCAGGCACGCCUCUGCAUGCUGCCGUCUCCAAGGGCCACCUCAGCUGCCUGCAGGUGCUGCUAGCCCACGGCGCCCUCGUCGAGUGCGUGGACGUCAAAGCCCAGACGCCCCUGUUCACAGCUGUUCGCGGGAAAUACCUGGACUGUGUCUUCACUCUCCUCAGAGCCGGAGCCAACCCCAACGGGAGCGCGUCCAACAACUGCUCCCCGGUGCUCACUGCGGCGCGGGAGGGCGACGUGGAGAUACUGAAGCUCCUCCUCAAGCACGGCGCCGAGGUGAACUCCCGCUCCAAAGUCUUACUCUGGACCUCCAGCGCCAGGGUGUCCAGCGGGCCGCUGUACCUGGCGGCCGUUUACGGACACAUGGAGUGUUUCAAACUGCUGCUCCUCUACGGGGCGGACCCGGAUUACAACUGCACGGACGCGAAGCUGCUGAGCUCCGUGAAGCAGCCCAAGACUGUGCUGGAGAUGUGCCUCAGGCACGGCUGCGACGUGGAGUACAUCCAGCUCCUGAUUGACUUUGGUGCAAACGUCUACCUCCCUACGCUGAUCAUAGAGAAGUCAACGAAGCAGAACGAGGCCGUGGAGCUGCUUCUGCGGGAAAGAGGAAAUCCAAAAGCCUUGACUUCACAGUGCCGCCUUGCUGUGCGAAGAUACCUCCAAAAGAUCAACAAGAUCCACUGUAUCGAGCAGCUGGAAAUGCCUACGAGUCUCAUUCGCUUCUUGCAAUACAAACCAGUCCCAGUCACUGUUCUGUAGAGGUCCUGUAACUUAUUCUAGGAUUUUAUUUCAGUUUGUGCUUUUGGUUUAUAUGUGGACUAUGGACUACUUUUGUCGUUUUUUUUUUUUUUUUUUUUUUAAAUGGCUUGAAUAUGUUUGUGCGCUGCUGUGUUAAGACUGUUCUUCAGUCAAAAGAUUAAAUGUGUGAAUAAGUAGCA